GAACCUAAGGCCGCAUUAUCACCUUUCGACAAGGACGACGCAGACAUAAUCCUUCGUUCGUCUGACAAUGUCGACUUUCAUGUCUACAAAGUCGUGCUACGCAUGGUGUCGGGCUUCUUCCAUGAUUUGUUCAGUAUCCCUCAGCCCCUGAACCCCCAUCCAAAGGAUAUACACCCUGAAAGAGGCAUCCCCAUAAUACCUGUUCCUGAGGACAGCAAGACAUUAGACUGUCUUCUACGUCUGUGCUACCCUACGCCGGACCCAGAGGCAGUGGACGAUGUGGACCUCCUAGCGGCCGUGUUCACGGCCGCUAAGAAGUACGACAUGGAGGAUGCGGCCUCUCGCAUGAAGAAGUCUAUCCUGCAGCUUGGCACGGACGCAUCUCUGCACGAGCGGACGAUCCGAAUAUACGCCAAAGCCAUUCAGCUCGGGCUCGAGGACGUCGCACACGCCGCGGCGCUCGCCAGCACGAGCUGGCAGAUCUUCAACUACGUCGCCGAGCUCGACAACAUCACCGCCGGUGCGCUCUACAGACUUCUGAGGUUCCGUCGCAUGCAUCCUGAGCGCCCGCAGUCCUUCACCUUCUGUCACCCAGGGCCUGACGAGCGACCAGGGACCGCCAGCGUCGGCGUCGGCACGGCAGAGAGCGCCGCCUCCCCCAGGCCAGUGGUGGCUUCUGCCAUUUUCAACCACCCAUCUGCCGACAUCAUCAUACGGUCCUCAGACAAUGUCGACCUACGUUUGUCGCGUACAAUACUCACCCUCGCAUCACCGGUGCUGGCGGAGAUGCUGUCGCAGCCCUCAUUCGCCCUCACUACUACAUCACUCCCGGAGUCCGGUCGAAUAUUGCAUAUGCUAUUCCAAGUCGCGUACCCAAUGGAGGAUCCCUGCGUGUCAGAUCUCGACGAGGCCAUAGCCCUGCACGACACUGCCGAGAAGUACAAGAUGCCAUUUGCUAUGGACUUCGCUCGAAGGGCCUUCCUACAGUGCACACACGCGGACCCCCUGCGCGCAUACUUCAUCGCGAUGCCGCGCAAGUGGACCCCAGAGGCAAGGCAGGCAGCGUCGCAAGCGCUCUUCCUCCAGUCGGACCCCUGGGUGCCCGAGAUGGAGACGUCGCCCGCGUCCGUCUACCACCAGUUCCUCGACUAC